UCAUAGGAAGUUCAUGAAGUGGAUCAUGGUCUUAUUAGCCAGCUCCUUGCUGAUUCAGAGGAGACUCCUAGUUCGUGCACAGAGAAAAUGCAGGGUCCUGCUCAGUAUAGCUGGAGUGCUGACUGGAGCUUUUGGCCUCUGCAAAUAAGAGGGGGGCUGGGCCUCAGAAAGGGACGUAAUGACCCUAGUGCACAGCCCUGUGACUGCCAGUGGCCCACUGGAAGAGUGCCCUGUGCUUAUGAGACUCCUCUCUCCAGAGAAGUUAAGGGUGAAUGAAGAAGAGCAUGUAAUGAAUCUCUCAAGUUCCACUUACAAAUACAGGAGUGAGGAAUUCAAGAGACAGUUUUCUCAUCUGCCAGAUUCCGAGAGACUCAUAGUAGAUUAUGCCUGUGCACUCCAGAAAGAUAUCCUGCUGCAAGGACGUUUGUAUCUCUCUGAAAACUGGCUCUGUUUCCACAGCAACAUUUUCCGAUGGGAGACCACAAUUUCUAUUGCCUUGAAGGAUAUCACUUUCAUGACAAAGGAGAAGACUGCUCGGCUCAUUCCAAAUGCCAUACAAAUAGCAACAAAAGGAGAGAAGUUUUUCUUCACAUCGUUCAGUGCAAGAGACAGAAGCUACCUCAGUAUCUUUCGCUUAUGGCAGAACGUGUUGCUAGAUAAGAGGCUGACCAAGCAGGAAUUCUGGCAACUGGUGCACCAGAGCUAUGGCUCUGAGCUGGGCCUGAACAGUGAGGAGAUGGAGAGCUUCCACUCAUCGUCUGAGGACAAUGGGCAGUCUCGGUCCAGCAUUUGUGAAGAUUCUGGAGAAAGGGAUGAAAAACUGCCUAAAAUGAUUGGUUUAGUUCGGGAGCCCAUGCUUCAAGCAGAAGGAGAGUCACUCAGUAGACAUGCGUUGCCAGGAGUGGAGGAGUCCCCAAGUGAGAAGCAGGUAAAGAAGAGCCCUCUUCCAUCUUCAGAAAGAAAAUCUGUUAAACUGGUCAGGAGCAGGUCUUUAGAAAAGUCCUUGGACCUGAAUGAGAAUGAAGAUCCUCCAGAGAAAAGCAGUGCCUCAGACAGUGAAGAAGCAGUGAAGGAGACUGUCUCUGAGAAUGAUCUCUAUGGGAGACUUUUUAUAAACAGAGUUUUCCAUAUCACUGCAGACAAGAUGUUUGAAAUCCUUUUCACCAAUUCUCACUUCAUGCAGAGGUUUCUCAAUUCCAGGAGUAUAGUAGAUGCAGUAUCAACCCCUUGGAAUAGAGAUUCCAAUGGCAAUCAGUUGAGGACUUUGACGUACACUGUAACAAUUAACAAUCCACUUUGUGGGAAGUUCACAACUGCAACUGAAAAGCAGAUCCUGCAUAAGCAAAGCCAGAAAGGUCAAUCUUACCAAGUGGAUGCUGAGGUGCUGACCCAUGAUGUCCCCUACCACGAUUAUUUCUACACUGUGAAUAGAUACUGCAUCAGCCGCACAUCCAAUCACAAGUGUCGAUUACGGGUUUCUGCAGAAGUGAAGUACAAAAAACAGCCUUGGGGCCUUGUCAAGUCUGUAAUUGAGAAGAAUACCUGGGGAGGUAUACAGGAAAACUUCAAACAACUUGAAUCAGAUCUCCUAAUGGAGGAAUAUGCAAUUAAUCAGUCCAUAGAAGACACUGGAAAAUUAGUUGCCCUGAGACGAAGACGACGCACUUUACACCGGAGUCUGGCAGAAUCGCUUCCCAAACGUUCUUCCCAGCACUCCUCUGGUGACAUGGGAGUACAGUCCCAGAGCAGCAUAGUAGGAAGGAAAAGAGAUGCUGUAAGUAGGACCACCACCAUCAUUGUAGUAAUGAGUGUCUUCUUGCUGCUCUUGGUCUUGCUGAAUAUAACACUGUUUCUCAAACUGUCAAAGAUAGAGCAUGCAGCUCAGUCCCUCUACCAUGUCCAGCUUCAGGAAGAAAGCUCUUUGAACAUAUCCCCAGAAAUGGUAUCAAAAGAGGAGAUCCCUCAGUACGAUAAGGAACAGGUUAAACAUGUGAAGGGAGUUCUAAGAGACUCAAUUGAAAUGCUUGAGCAGCUAAAGAGCUCCCUUUCCGUGCUCCAAAGAAGCUUUGACCACUUGAACAGGACACAGAACAGCAAGACUGAGAGUUAAUACCCCCAUCAGCUUUCUAUUCAGGACGUCGGAAGAACAGAUGUGUGUGUGUGUGUGUGUGUGUGUGUAUGUGUGAGGCCUUACAAGGUAGGGAUUGCAAAUGUUACCUUUGGACUCUUUAUUAUUUGGCUGAAAAGGUGCACAGAAUAAAGGUUUCUGGAAGAA